AUGCGAAUCCGUUAUAUGUCCCUCCGAAUACUUCAGAAAAACACGCGAAAGAGUCUAAAGAACAUUCGAAUGCUGAUUUGUUCGCUUUAGAGAUAUUUCAGGAACCUAUCGAAACUGAUGACGAUGAGGAAGAAGAACCUUUAAGUAGUGACAAUGAUGAUAAAGAAGAAUUAGCAAUAACACAAUCUUCACAAUCCAUUCCUGGAACUCCAUCACCAAGAAAGGUUCCUUUGCCAACAAGUCCCGCGUCUCCUACACCAAGAAGAAUUCCCUUACCUACGAGUCCUGUUUCUCUUACACCAAGAAGGAUUCCUUUGCCCACAAGCCCUUUGAACUCGACACCAAGAAGAAUUCCUUUACCAGACAGUGAUAAUGAAGAUUCGGAUGCGACGGUGAGUGACGUCGAUGAAGAGAAAGGAAUUGCAGAGGUUUCGGUUAGCACUAACAGAGCAGAAAUACACGAUAUUCAUGAUGUUUCACUCGGCUCUUCGAAAAGAACUUCAAAUUUGAAUGCAUCCGGUAGUUCUGAGGACAAUGAGAUACACCAAUUCAAUUUGAAAACUCUUACUGACGAAAAAAUCAACUUAUUCCUUAAAGAUGACGAUCCAACUGGAAGUUCUACUUCUACUGUUUCUGCAACAACUCCAGAAUCAUCUCCAUCUAAAGCUACCCCUCGUCGAUCGAUGCCAAAGUCCAUCUCAUCUUCUAGAAAACUUUUGUUUAAAAAUGAAAUUGAUGCUAUUAAUAAAAU